AUGGAGGAUAAAAGAAGUCGGACCAAGAAAGCUAACCGAGAACGCGGUUCUAGGCGAGGCCGUGAGGGUGAACAAGUACAGGAACCGGUGCCUGAACCGAGAGAGGAGAGGGAGGCAGCGGUUGAGCAGCAACCUGAACCCCAGACUGUCGGGGGAGAUCAGGUGGCUACUGCCAUUCAACAGAUGACUAAUAUUCUGGCUCGGUUAGUGGAACAACAGGGUCAAGUCCCUGUAAACCAACCUAGAGACCCUGAUAUGGGGCAGGAUAGAGCUUUGGAGAGAUUCCAAAAGUUCUCCCCACCCAAGUUUUUAGGAGGGCCAGACGCGUAUGAGGCUGAGAAAUGGCUGGAGCUGCGAAACAUGGAGGAUAAAAGAAGUCGGACCAAGAAAGCUAACCGAGAACGCGGUUCUAGGCGAGGCCGUGAGGGUGAACAAGUACAGGAACCGGUGCCUGAACCGAGAGAGGAGAGGGAGGCAGCGGUUGAGCAGCAACCUGAACCCCAGACUGUCGGGGGAGAUCAGGUGGCUACUGCCAUUCAACAGAUGACUAAUAUUCUGGCUCGGUUAGUGGAACAACAGGGUCAAGUCCCUGUAAACCAACCUAGAGACCCUGAUAUGGGGCAGGAUAGAGCUUUGGAGAGAUUCCAAAAGUUCUCCCCACCCAAGUUUUUAGGAGGGCCAGACGCGAGGAGGAGGAACCAUGAAGCGCUUUUGGAGCAUGAUCAGGAGCACAAAGAUAAUACUUUGUCUGAAAGUUUGAGACGUAGUAUUAUUUGCUUCAGAAUUCAAGAUGUGGUUAUCAGGAUGAUUCAUGAUCUUCGCUCUGCUUAUCUUCUAUUCAAACAUUCUGGUGAGUCAGAUUUUGGCAUCAUAGAUAGUGCGGCGACCAGAUCCCGGGAAAAUAUCAUACUUUUUCUUGGGACAGAUGUCAAGAAAUCAUGCAGCAUCAUCUUCUUCGACUGUUACUCACCGGCAGAUCCACGACUAGUUAUGGAUCUUAUUGUGUCCCUUUCACAGACUCUGAAAGACUUUUGUUCCUGGAAGCUAUUGGAUAUCAUUAGACACAAGCUAAUGCUCUUAAGGAAUCUCAUUGGCUUUGUGACAAUGCGAGGUGUUGAGUGUAUGCAACUGACAGAUCUCUUCAGUCAAGUUGCAGUUUGGGCUGCACGCCUAUUUUUUGUAUGUCAGUUUGACGGAUAUGAUAAACAAGUGGUCAAUCAAAUGGAAUCCGAAAUUUCUCAGCUGAUACUUAAGAAGAUAAAUCCUCUUGAUCCUCAAGUCCGAGAAACUUACAUAGAUGUCCUGACAGCUUCAAAGAAACAAUCAAGAUCAUCAUGUGCUUUUGCCCUUGAGGAGAAUGGGUGUCCAGUUGUAGUUCAAUUUGUCGAGUCUCUCCACCAUUAUCUUAUGGAUCUACCGGGAUACCAUGCCAGUUUUCAGGUUCCAGUUAAGGAUCAUAUUCUAAAACUCCAUCAGGGAAUAAGUUACUUGAGUACCCUUCUCAAGCAAGAGGAGAAACUAGAUGAUGAAAUGAAGGAUCUUCUUGGACUUGCAGUCUGUGAUGCAGGAAUUCUGAUCUUCUCCCUUUCUGUCAAUGAAAUCAAAGAAGGCUUGCCCAGGGAAACAUAUCUUAGGCUGUUUCAUUUGCACAAAGUUCUCAAGUAUAUGAUGGCAGAUCUUGCACACAAUUAUCUGGUAACAUCACCAUAUUCAUCAUGUAAUUAUCGUAGAUCCAAUGAGUUGGGCUGUAUGGAUUUUUUCCUAGAAGAUCUCCAGGAACUAGUAAGGUGUGAUGAGGCUGAUGAUUCAAAUGUUGUCCGAUUGGAUAGAAUCCAACUGGUCCACAAAGAUCUCGUAUUCUUAAGAUCUGUCCUUGAGAAUAUCAAGGAGCAGCGCUUUCAGAAUGGAAAACUCCAAGUUUUCUGGAGUUAUGUUAUGGAGGUUGCAUAUAAGGCAGAGUUAUUGAUUGACUCGACACUUGUUGGUGAUAAAUGUGAAGAUUCUUUGGAUGCUAUUGCUAGAGAUAUAAAUCUUCUGAAGAUUGAAGCCCUGGAGAUCCAUAAUGGUCAAACCCAGAGAGUUAACAAGAAUUCCAUUCACAUAGCGUCACAACUUGCUGUCGCCGUACACAAUGAGGAUCUCGUGGGUCUUGAUGACAAGGUGAAAACUAUCAUUGAUCGACUUACGAGAGGAUUAAAGCAGUUGGAUGUUGUUCCCAUUGUGGGUAUGCCUGGGCUUGGUAAGACCACAUUAGCCAAUAAAGUUUAUACUGCUUCUUCAGUUAGGUCAUAUUUCCAUGUUCGUGGCUGGUGUUGUGUUUCUCAAACAUAUAGCAAGCACAGUUUGUUUGUUCAGCUUUUGUGUAGUAUUCAUUCUAAGAGUCCAGACGAAUAUCUUAAGAUGGAUGAAAAUGAUUUGGUUCAGAAGCUAAAGCAAGUUUUGCUGAGAACUAGGUAUCUCCUCAUUUUAGAUGACUUGUGGGAUGUUGAGGCAUGGAAUUUGUUGGAAAACUCAUUGCCAAAUGAUGUCAAUGGAAGCAGGAUUCUUUUCACCAGCAGAUUCCAGGAUUUGUCUUUGCAAUUUAAACCUGGCAGCGAGCCUUACCAUCUCUGCCAACUUACUGACGAAGAGAGUUGGGCAUUGCUACAGAAAAAGCUAUUUGACAAAGAAGGUUGUCCUCCAGAACUAAGUGAAGUUGCAUAUCGAAUAGCAAAAAUUUGUAGGGGCUUACCCCUCACAAUUGUCCUUGUUGCUGGAAUUCUUGCUACUAUUGCACAAGAUAGUUGGGAAGAAGUUGCAAAAACUCUAAACUCUGUUGUCCUUCAGGAUGAAUACUGCAUGAAGACAGUUGAGCUGAGUUAUAGUCAUUUACCGGAUUAUUUGAAGUCAUGUUUUCUAUCCUUUGCUGCAUUUCAAGAAGAUGGGGUUAUUAGUGUCCGAAAGUUGUUAUGGCUUUGGAUCUCUGAAGGAUUCGUGCAACAGAUUGAAGGAAAGAGUUUAGAGGAAGCGGCUUACAACAACUUGAUGGGUCUAAUUAAUAGAAGUUUAGUUGUGGCUAACAAAAAAGGAGCCAUGAAUGGUGCCAAAACCUGCCAACUUCAUGAUUUGGUACACGAGUUUUGUGUGAAAAAAGCCGAAGAAGAAUGUUUUCUACAUAUUAUUCAUAGUUGGAAAGACCCUUUUGGUCUUACUGGACCAAGCAAUCCCCACCGAGUUUGUGUUCAUGAUACCAGGAAAUUGAAGAGUUGGGAGUUAAUGCUACUUUUUCCCAAUUUACGCUGUUUGCUCUUACUUGGAAAUCAAGAGGAGGAUGGGGGGAUUUUGUUACCUAAACUUCUUAGAGUGUUGGAUUUGGGGGUUUUGAAUUUUAGGAAAUCAUUUCCGAUGGAAGUAGUAUUGCUUGUUCACUUGAGAUACCUGGUGCUCUGUCGAAUACGAUCCAUCCCAUCUGCAAUAGACAACCUCUCAAGGUUGAAAGUUCUUAUCGUACGAGUGCCGCUUUCUGAUGUUGAGCUGCCGGAAACUAUUUGGAACAUUAAUACAUUGAGUUAUCUCAAUAUUAAGAAAUUGGAAUUUGCGACUUGGGGUUUCAUUUUUCCAGAUGGAAAUCUUGAAGUAUCCCCUGAUUUAGAUCAUUUAGACACUUUAAACCUUGCAAUUGAUACUGCAAAAGAUACUUGCAAAAGACACUUGCAAAAGAUACUGAAAAAGUUACCAAGCAUCCGUAGGCUAAAAUGUUGGAGACCAUAUCGUUUACAAGCAGCUCUCAGAAAUUGCGACAAGAUUCUUGUGUUUGACUGUUUGAAUCAACUACAAUCACUUUGUUUGACUGAUUUUGGUGGAUAUGGAUUUAAAUUCCCAUUGAAUUUGAAGAAGUUGACUCUCAAAUGGAAUUAUCAGCCAUGGAGUGAAAUUUCAACAGUUGGAAAGUUGCCUCACCUUGAAGUGCUUAAAUUACUGAGGAAGUCCUUUGUUGGGAAAGUAUGGGUAAUGAAAGAAGGGGAGUUCCCUAACCUCCGAGUCUUGCAAUUGUCAGGGUUGGGCAUUCGCAGAUGGACCGCAUCUUCUGGUAAUUUUUCUCGUCUUGAGAAAUUGGUCGUGCACAGCUGUUGGAAUCUGGUAGAGGUCCCUUCUUGUUUAGGGGACUGUCCGACUCUUGAAAUGAUUGCGGUGGUAGGUUGUAGUGUGUUUGUUGUAAAUUCUGUAAAUCAAAUUCGGCAAGAACAGAUGGAUGGGGGAAAUGUGGUUCUAAAGAUGGUGAUUGAAGAUAGUUCUGAACCAUCUUCCUCAGAAGACGAGUCGAGUUCCCAAGAAGGAUAG